AUGGAUAAUGAUGAAGACUCUAUGUCGAAAAGUGAGGAUGUGGAAAAAUCGAGGCCUGGUAAUAAAAAGAAAGGAAGACCCAAAAAACGUGCUAAAAUCUCUGAUUUUUGUGAUGAGGAUGCAACAGAGACCGUUGUUACUAGAACAGAUUUAUUGGAAUCAGUUAGUCCUGGUCUGAAAGAUGGAGGGGAGUUGCUACCACCUCCUGGAAAAGAACCAGCCUUUUUACAGCUAUAUAUAUAUGAUACCGCAAAUGAAACAUCUAACCGAAUAGCUGCUUGUGGGAAAACGGGACCAGCUGAUAAAUUGCGAGUGAAGGUUGUUGAGAAAAUAAAAAAUAUGCUAGAUAAACAUAACAAACAUGUGGAUGCAUUACAAAACGUUCGAGAAAGGUUUGAUCCUAACGAUGAUACAAGCCGGUUAAGGAUAAUUUUAAAGUGUGACAGGAAUAGCGAUGGAAGGACUGAGAUUCUACCAGCUAAUAAUGAAGUUGCUGCAUUGAUACCUAAUGAUUUCGAUGGUCAGGUAGAUGCACGUGAUAUCAUCAUCGAGUGUAAAAAGACAAGGAAUCUCAAAAGGAUCAGUGAAUUACAUCCUGCGUAUCUGCCUUUGCAAUAUCCAUUAUUGUUUCCCUAUGGUGAGGACGGGUUCAGACUUGGUAUCGAUAUUGGUUUUGUAGAUACUCAAGGGAGGAAAAGGUUGCAUAUUACUAUGAGAGAGUUUUUUGCUUACCGCAUACAAGAGAGGGUUGGUGAGUCACCAAUCAUCCCUUUAUCUGGAAGAUUGUUCCAGCAGUUUUUGAUGGAUGCGUACACGAUGAUUGAGACUAAUAGACUACGUUUCAUAUCAAUGAAUCAGUCUAAACUUCGUUGCGAGAAUUAUGACAAAAUAAAGAAAACUGUUGAUGAAGGUGACACUGAUCUUUCUGACAAGGGUAAACGUAUUAUUAUACCUUCUUCUUAUACUGGUGGUACAAGGUAUAUGGUGCAACAUUACCUAGAUGCGAUGACUACUUGCCAGCAUUUUGGUUUUCCGGAUCUUUUCAUAACCUUUACGUGUAAUCCCAAAUGGCCUGAGAUUACCAGGCACCUAAAAAGACAUAACUUGAAGCAAGAGGAUAGACCAGAUAUAUGUACGCGAGUGUUCAAGAUGAAACUAGAUGAUCUCAUGCACAGGCUCACCAAAGAAAAUGUGUUAGGUGUCGUAAAAGCCGAAGCUGGUCACAAGCUACCAACUGGUGAUGACAUUGAUAAGAUAAUAUGUGCUGAGAUUCCUGACAAGGAUAUUGAUCCAGCGCUGUAUGAGAUAGUAGGAGAUGUCAUGAUGCAUGGACCAUGUGGUGCUUUGAAUAAGGAUAGUGUUUGCAUGGCUGAAGGAAAAUGUACAAAGUAUUUUCCAAAACCUUACAGUCCGAUCACUAAAAUAGAUGAUGUUGGAUAUCCUAUAUACAGGCGACGUAAUGACAAGAAAGUUAUCGUUAAAAAGGGUAUUGAAUGUGAUAAUGGAUUUGUGGUUCCUUAUAAUAGGAGUCUCACACUGCUUUAA